AUGGACACAGGAACAUCUACCUCUGCCAACGCUCGGCCAUGUUUCCGACUUCUAGGUAAUGCAAAGCUCAAAUUACUCGCUGUAUUCUUGACGACCUCGACAAUCCUCCUACUCACACUAUAUUCGGGGGGCUUGUCCGAAAACAUCUCACCUAGCGCGAAAGACGAGCUAGCGAAUGAGAAAGACUACUGGACAUGGGAAACGAGCACUCGAUUCCAGAAAUCCAAGCAUGAAAACGACAGCAAUGACACUGGGAAGUCCCAAAAUGCGACCUGUGACACAUUCCCGACAGACGUGCUAUCGCGCGUCCAGAUCAUCUUAAAGACCAGCGCAACCGAAGACCCAAAACGAGUCGAUACACACAUGGCCUCUGUAACCCGCUGCAUUUCCAACUUACUAGUUGUGUCCGACAAAGAGACCGAGCUCCAUGGCCAUCGCGUACACGAUGUCCUAGCCGAUCUACCACCUUCAGCUCGGGAUCUGAUUCCGGAGUUCGAAGGGUAUGAUGCGCUCCAACGCGGGGAGAGUAAUGUCGACGGCGCGACGGGCUGGAAACUCGAUCGAUUCAAGUUUCUUCCUAUGGUGGAGCGGGCUAGAAAAGUCAACCCCGGCGCGGAGUGGUACGUCUUUCUCGAGACGGAUACUUACUUCGUAUGGGAUAACCUGUUCCGAAUGCUGGGACAGUUCGACCCAUCCUUCCCUCUGUAUAUGGGCUCACCGGCGCCGGGCCGCGAUAUCGGUAAUGGAAAAGUCAACUGGUUUGCAUACGGCGGCUCGGGCUUCGUGCUGUCCAGAGCUGCGGUUGAUAUAUUGACAGCGCGGGAGGUUGGUAAAUACGGGCAGUUUAUUGGGCAAUCGCUCAGCGAACAGUAUAUGCAGACGGUGAAAGAUGACUGCUGCGGCGACUCUGUGCUUGGAUUUGCGCUGUGGGAAAAGGGUGUUGAGUUGUCUGGGAUGUGGCCGAUGUUCAACGCGCAUCCGCUGGACUCAAUUCCUUUUGGCGACGAGCAUCACUGGUGCCAGCCUGCGAUCAGCAUGCAUAAAUCUCGAUUGAGUGAUAUGACCGGGUUGGCGAACUGGGAAGGUGAGCGGGAUAGAACGAAGCCCUUACUAUACGCAGACUUGGUUGAUUACCAUCGCCUCGGACAGUUGCCAGAACGGAAAGGAUGGGAUAAUGGAGCCUGGGGUGGGAUUAUCGAACAUCCUGAUACUCUGCCCCAGCAUGGGUCAUUAGAAGCCUGUCGACAGGCAUGCUAUGACAGGGAUUGGUGUAUGUCUUACACUUAUGAUACCGCCGGGGCCUGUGUGUUUGUGCAGAGCUUGCGACUUGGAGCUGCUAGCAAGCUGGAACUUGCGGACCAAUUCACGGCUGGAUGGGACAACGACAAAAUACAAAAUUGGCGGGCAAGCAAUAAGUGUGAAAAGCCCAUGUGGAUGAAGCCGAGUUUGACGAGAAUUUUCUGA